UGGAUGUUUUUGAGACAGACUUGUUCCGUCUGAGGGCGUUGGCACCUCAGGUCAGUUGAUGUACGGUUGAUCGACCGCGUCGGAAAUCAAUCGAAGAUGAUAAAAAUCAGCAGCCCUAGGUUACUGCCUUGUGGCACUCCGGAUGGCGUAGGAUACGUAUUGGAUGAGACAGUGCCUUAUUUAACGAAGGAUGACCUACAAAUCAGGUAAGAACGCAGUCAAUUGACAAUCCAGUCAGGAAAUCCCAAACGUUCUAAUUUCUUUAAAGUUAAUCCGUGAGGAACUUUAUCGGAAGCCUUCGAAAAGUCGAUGUAAAUGCUGUCAACUUGACAUCUCUUCUCCAGGUUAGAAUUCAGCAUGCUAGUGUAGGUCAUCAGGUUUGUGACAGUUGAGCGAUUUCGUACAAAGCCAUGUUGGUACUCAGAGAUAACAGGCUUAGCAGCCACAUACACAUACGUUUAAGAAUCAGCAGUUCGAGAUUUUUGGCCAGACAACUAGAAAUCGAGAUUGGACGAUAGUUCUUAACAUUAUGGGAGCUACCUGCAUUAUGAAUUGAAGAAACUGCUGAUAUUUUCCACUCAUCUGGGAAGACUCCUAGCGCAAGCGACAUGUUGAACAGAAUGCAAACUGGCAAUCCUAAUACGUCAGCACAUCGUUGAAUGAAAACAGGAGGUAGGUAUCUGGACCUGGACCUUUCGAUGGAUCGACAGCUCCUAAUGUUUUUGAAAUUUCAGCUACGGAGAUUGUGGGGCGCGGAAAGUUCAUAUUGUAUGAUGGAAGAGAGUCAAGAAGGUCUGUCGAAUUUGGAGGAGGAUUCGUAUUGUAUAUUGACAUUAAAAAAAAACUUGCGAAUAGUUCAGCAGAUGCAGCGAUGGAUGUAGCAUCAGCAAAACUCACAGUGGAUAACAUCACAUGCGAUUUUUUUCUUGGUUUUCAUAAAGCGCCAGAAAACUGACGAGUUCGGUUUAACUUCAUUUUGUACACGGUGAACAUACUCACGAAAGGUAGACGACACGAGAUUUUCGUUCUCCGAUUCAACGGUUUGCAGAAGAGCUCUGUUUGUCGCAGUCCGGUUACGAAAAAACCUGCAACGCGUUUUACGAAGUAUGUUACGUUGAUGCUGUAGUUCAGCGUUCCACCAGACUUGCUUGUACGACCUCCGAGGGAAAGAUCUACGAAGAGGAACAUACCUGCUUAUCGUGUCGAAUACCGCGUUGUAGAAUGAUGUAAUCGAGGUGUUAAUAUCGUCUCCACUGAGUAUCUGGAACCAAUCUAGUGAAUUUAGCUCGUUCUUCACAGCCUCGUAGUCACAGCGAUAGAAGUCAAAAUCUAAAUCCAUUUCUUCUACAGUAGAUAGGAGAUGAUGACCGGGUUACGAAACUCCAGACGUAGAAGGAACGGUUUGUAGUGGCGGUCAGGGCUGUCGCUUACAAAUACCAAGUCAAGAGGUCAUCCGUUCGAAUUUGAUACAUUGCAGAUUUGCUUCAAGCCACUAGCAAUCAAAGUUUCAGUUAGAGUUAACUUCUGCUCGGAAGAAGCGUUGGUUGGCAAGUAUCCUUCCACUUCGUCAUCAUAUAACCAUUCGAGCCGAGAAAGGUUAUAAUGCCCAACUACGAUUACGGUGUCACAGGGAGUAGCUAUGUUGACAGUCGGAAUGCACAACAAAUUCAUCGGGAUCACUGUUUGGCCUCAAGUAAAUGCCACACAUAUAAACGGAUUUAUGGGUGAGCAUGGCCUUCCCAACAACCUGCUCAAGUGUUUCACUCUCCGAUAGAUGAACCGACACACUUGUUAGAAAGCAUUCAACUGCGAUGAGAGUUCCUCCACCUCGUUGGAGACUACUAGUUGAGCUGCUGCGAACGCAUCGAAAGAUGUUGUAAUUAUCAGCAAGUUCGGUGUUUUGCACAUGACUUCUGAGCCAAGUUUCAGUACUAACUAUAAUAUCAUAAUCGCUGGAUGCAGCGGCAAGGAAGGAUUCGCUGGUUUUCGUGUGCAUUCCACCUACGUUCUAAUAAUAAGCUGUUAGUGGUAUGGAUCCUGCACCCGGUAUCGGCGACGUUGAUAAUGGUAGCAGUAUUAGCGAAGUGGUCGAUGAUUGCGCUCCAGGCAAAUUAGAGAUACAGUGACUGAGAUGAGUAGGAGCCGGCGAUAUGUUUUGUUCAUUGAAAGCAGAAAAUAAUGCUGGCGAUCAGUUUCCGGAGUCUCGUCCAGAAUCGCUGUUGUUGGCCUCCAAAAACCUGUCUCCUGGCACCUAGGUCUUCAAAUGCUCGAAACCUAAUUCCAUGGGGCCAUGUAUCAGCAGCGAGUGUAAUCGAUUUAAAAUCGGGUAGCAUCCCGAUUUUGUACGACACGAAACUUAAGGAACUUACGUCUUUACCUCGAGCAACCAAUUUCACAAAGACACCCACUCAGAACACGCAAUCCCAACAAUCACUACCGCCCGUUUCGUACGUGAAAGCGAUUGACGUUUGGAUGUCAUCCUGUUCGGUUUUCGUUUUCCUCUCGCUGAUGGAAUUUGCCGUCGUUAACAACUACAUGGGCCCGGUAGCGACCAAAGUCAUGAAGGGCUAUUCGGACGAAGACCUCUCGGAAGCGAUCGAUUUCAACAAGAACGGCUUCAACAAAAAUCAUAGAUCUUCGGAUAUCCCCCAGUAUGACACGUUCUGCAACGGCCGAGAGACGGCAUUGUGCAUCGAUAAGUUUUCCCGGUUUUUCUUCCCGUUCUCAUUUUUCAUUCUGAACGUCACCUAUUGGACAACUUUCCUGUAGAUCACUAAAAAAAGGGAAAUAUCCUAUUUCUAAUACAUAAGUAGUUCGUUAAUCAGCACG